AAUAAUGCAUCGAAGGAAGAGGUUUCGGUACCCGUCUUCUCACUCCCAGGAUGCGGCUAGGGCUCUUCGCAUCGGUUUUACAUCAAGGCGGUGGCUUAAAGCAAUCAAAAGGCUCUGUUUAAUGGCCAAGCGAGGCUUCCCCCCGCGGAACUCUGCCCGCAUGUUACAACCUCUUUGCAGCUCCGCUCCAUAUGCAUCUCCUUUUCACACUUCCCUCUCCAUCGCGGCUCCUACACCUGGUGCAUCACGCGUUGAGCCCAUUAGCUCCGACUCUUCCUUUCAUCUUCCCCAUGGCAGACGUUUCUAUUUAUCCGCUGGCAAUCAAUGUGUGGCGUCACCAGUGGUACUGUAAUGACGACUGCACCAUUGAGGAUGACAGCUUAGAAAGAAGAGGGCAAUGGUGAUCCCUCCCAGAGCAGCACGGCACAGAGCAGCGCUCGCAUCACAAGGUCACCCCAUCUCCCCGCUGCUCCUCCGCACCGCCGGCAGCGGGUCGCGGGCUGCGCACGGGGUUGGGGCGAGAGCGGCGGGGAGGGGGGGGACGAGAUCUGGAUUUGUUUCCCCCCUCCCUUAAGAGAAGCUACGAUGGAAAGCAGGAAGGAGAUGGUGAUGUUUCUGGAAGGGACUCAACUUGGCGCUCUGGUUGGCAAGAGGGUGCCUAAUUUGACCGAAACAGUGAGGAGCCCCGCUCCGGAGCCGCAGGAGAAGAUGAUCCCUCGGAACUGCCUCAGCCCCAGACCUGGCCCCUUGUCGUCCCGGGAGAGAGGAGGAGGAGGUGGCGGAGGAGAAGACGAAGAGGAGGUGGAGGUGCUGCCGGGGACAGGGACGGUGCCGGAAAGCCGCUCGGCGGCGGCAGCGCUACUCGGGGCCGGACAGCAGCCCCCCGGCUCGGAGCCCCCCUCCAGCAAAGGGCAGCAGAGCAGCUCGGACACCGAGUCGGAUUUCUAUGAGGAAAUCGAGGUGAGCUGCACCCCGGACUGCGCCACGGGGAGCGCCGAGUAUCAGCACAGCAAAGGGCCGUGCUCCGAGGCUCGGGCCGGCAGCCCCGGCGGCGGCGGGGAUCACCCCAAGGGCGGCGGCGGCGGCGGCUCCCAGGGCCCGCUGAGCUGCAGCGCCAGCGACCAGAUGCGCCGGUACCGCACCGCCUUCACCCGCGAGCAGAUCGCCCGGUUGGAGAAGGAGUUUUACCGGGAGAACUACGUGUCCAGGCCCCGGAGAUGUGAGCUGGCGGCUGCUCUAAAUCUGCCAGAAACCACCAUCAAGGUGUGGUUCCAGAACCGGCGGAUGAAGGACAAACGGCAGCGCCUGGCCAUGACCUGGCCGCACCCGGCGGACCCGGCGUUCUACACCUACAUGAUGAGCCACGCGGCCGCCACCGGCAACCUGCCCUACCCCUUCCCAUCCCACCUGCCCCUGCCCUACUACUCCCACAUGGGCAUCGGGGCCACCUCGGCCUCGACCGCCGCUCCCUUCAGCAGCCCCCUGCGGCCUCUGGACACCUUCCGAGUCUUGUCCCACCCGUACCCGCGGCCGGAGCUGCUCUGCGCCUUCAGGCACCCCUCUCUGUACCCAGCCCCGAGCCAUGGACUCGGCAGCGCCGGUGGCAGCCCCUGCUCGUGCCUGGCGUGUCACGGCAGCCAGUCCAACGGACUGGCACAGAGACCCACCGGGUCAGACUUUACCUGCUCGGCCACCACCAGGACGGACUCUUUCCUCACUUUCACCCCCUCGGUGUUGAGCAAAGCCACUUCGGUUUCCAUGGACCAGCGGGAAGAAGUACCUUUAACGAGAUAAAGCUUCGUCUCAGGGUUGUUAAAAAAUUCGCCCCUUUCCCGAGAGCUCUUUGAGUUAAUGUACGUACUGCCGAUGUUUAUUUAAUCGUGUUCUCUCCCCCGAAGUGGACACCUAUGGGGGAAAAAAAAUAGAUUUAAAAAAAAAAAAAAAAAAGAAAAAAAAAUGAAAAAAGGAAAAAAAAGACUAAAAAUAACUCAGUCUUGAAAGGAUUUACAUUCCAAGGGAAAAAAAAAGAACCAACCAAACAAGAAUGAGCAGUGAUUUAUCUCGGAGAGGGCUUUAGGCACGGAGGAGAAACAAAAUCCACCUGAAUUAAACACAUUUCAGUAAUGCACAGAGAUGAGCGGGGACUUUCUUGUCAAUUGACGGACUUCCUACCGGAGCCAGAACUUCUGCGGGUUACACCAACCGAUCUUAUGCACAGACCUAUGGGACUGAGAGGGGAAAUCUGAAAUACUUGAAAGAAACAUUAUCUCGAUAACGAAAUGGCUGGUGCUCACGAAGAAAGCAAAGCUGUGAACUACCGGGGCGUUCAGAAAAUAAAACCAACGAUCAAACAGCAAAACCAAAAGGUUUCAGGAUUGCAACUCAAUAGUAUUAUCCAGUAAUUUCUAUAGAGAGAAACAAUGCUUUACCAUAAAGAAAAAAACCCUGACAUUCUGUACAUUGCUAUCGUGGUUUAAUUGCAUUCUUUACUGUCCCUUGUCUCCUCCUUCGCUUUGAGCAGAAUUGCAGCACCGCGUCUCCUCUUUCAUCCCAACUUUUAGUUUUAAGAGGUAGACUGGAAUUGGCAGGGAAAAAAAAACCACGAGCUGCUGCUUCUCUACGGGUCAGAGCUAUUUGUCCUUUAAAUAACAACGUCCUAUUAUCAGUCGCUGAAAUGUGCACACACCGAUGAAAUUAGCAAGUGAUGUAUAUGUAAGGAGGGUUUUUGAAUAUCGAAUGUAUAAUGCUCCGUGAGCAGAGCCCCCGUGCCAAACGCUAACAAGCCGCCAAGGGAAGAGAUUAGG